AUGUCCGUGACUAAGACUGUUAGAGAGGCGUGAAGAAGAGACAGCUUUUUCUGUUGACUGUUUACUGUGUGUCUAAAUCUCUCUUUCUCUAUUGUCUGUCUCUGUCCUUCCUUUCAUCUUUUCAUCCAUCCGUGGAUCAUCUUCCAGCUCGAGGCGCUGAAACAGCAGAAUUCCAAAUUCCAGGAAGAACUCAGUCUCUCGCAGGAGCGGAGCAGCUCAGAAAGCCAGCACAUCAGAACUCUGUGCAAGGAAAUGUGAGUAUGGCUGAAGGUUCUUACACUUGCUUGAUGGAAUGUUUGUGUGAAUGGCUGAAACUAGAGUAUUGGAAUAUUGUGCUAGUAAAAAUGAGUAGAACUAGAACUAGGAGUACCAGCAUAUUGGAAUUCUGUGCAUGGAAAUGAUUGGUUCUUCAGCAGAUACGGUGGCAUUCAGCGUUCAAUUUAUACAUUGACUACAGACUGCCCUGGAAACAGCGACUAAACCCAACAUGCCAGCUUCUUUGGGCCCAAAACACACAGGAGGAGUAUAUGUUAUGUGGCUUUGAGGUGUUUCAGAGUGUGGGUUAGACCAGUGCAUCAGAAGCCGUGCAGGGAAACGUGAGAGAGGCUCAUAUCAAAGUCUUACUCAAAUAGAGUCAUAGACUCAUAUAUAAAUCUUACUCAUGCUGCUUACUCAUGCUGAUGAUAUGGCCGUGACACACAGAGAGAGUGAGAGAUUGAGCGGUAGAUUGAGAGAGAAAUCGAACGAUCGAGAGAUGGAGUGGGAGAUUUAAGAGGGAGAUCAUUAGAAAGAUUGAGAGAGCUUUAAGUACAAUUCACUUGUAUAGUCAGUCUGUAAUACCAGUGUGUAAGCAUGCUGUGUAGAACGUAGUCUUCUGGUAUUAGAACCUAAAAACCAGUAACCAGUUAUGAUGACAUAGUUUCCUCUGUGCCUUACUAGACAGCAGUAUGCUACUGUAUGUACAGGUAUGUAGGGAAGCUGCUACAGAGAGAGAAAGACAGUCCAUAUGAAUCUAGGCUCCUCUCUUUGUUAUGGUGAGCGUCAUGCAUGACGUAGGGUUCUAUUUAUAGGUCUGUGUGUGCAUGAGUGCACACGUCUGUGUGUGUACAUGUUGGUGUGCAUGUAUGCAUGUUUAACGUUGUGUGUGUGUGUGUGUGUGUGUGUGUGUGUGUGUGUGUGUGUGUGUGUGUGUGUGUGUGUCAUCAGGUCCUUUAUUAUUCACUUUGUCCUGAUUCAUCUAUUAGUGGCCAUACAUCUUUCUUCUCCUUCACUCAUCCCUCUCUCCCUCCAUCCUAUAGAGACAGACUCAUCCCUCUCUCCCUCCAUCCUAUAGAGACAGACUCAUCCCUCUCUCCCUCCAUCCUAUAGAGACAGAUAAACCUCUCCCUCCAUCCGUAAGGGCAGACUCAUCCCUCUCCCUCCAUCCUAUAGAGACAGACUCAUCCCUCUCCCUCCAUCCGAUAGAGACAGACUCAUCCCUCUCCCUCCAUCCUAUAUAGACAGACUCAUCCCUCUCUCCCUCCAUCCUAUAGAGACAGACUCAUCCCUCUCCCUCCAUCCUAUAGAGACAGACUCAUCCCUCUCCCUCCAUCCUAUAGAGACAGACUCAUCCCUCUCCCUCCAUCCGAUAGAGACAGACUCAUCCCUCUCCCCCAUCCUAUAGAGACCCGACUCAUCCCUCUCUCCUCCAUCCUAUAGAGACAGACUCAUCCCUCUCCCCCCAUCCGAUAGAGACAGACUCAUCCCUCUCCCUCCAUCCUAUAGAGACAGACUCAUCCCUCUCCCUCCAUCCGAUAGAGACAGACUCAUCCCUCUCCCUCCAUCCUAUAGAGACAGACUCAUCCCUCUCCCUCCAUCCCUUUGAGACAAAACUCAUCCUUCCCUCCAUCCUAUAGAGACAGACUCAUCCCUCUCCCUCCAUCCUAUAGAGACAGACUCAUCCCUCUCCCUCCAUCCUAUAGAGACAGACUCAUCCCUCCCUCCAUCCGAUAGAGACAGACUCAUCCCUCUCCCUCCAUCCGAUAGACAGACUCAUCCCUCUCCCUCCAUCCUAUAGAGACAGACUCAUCCUCUUCUCCCUCCAUCUAUAAAGAGAAGAUCAUCCCCUCCCUCCAUCCUUAGAGACAGACUCAUCCCCUCUCUCCCUCCUUCCCCCCAAAAGACAGACUCUCCCUCUCUCCCUCCAUUUCCAUAAGAACAGACUCAUCCCUCUCUCCCUUCAUCCUAUAAAGAGACAGACUCAUCCCUCUCUCCCUCGCCUAUAGAGGAGCUCAUCCUCUCUCCCUCCAUCCUAUAAGAGACAGACUCAUCCCCUCCUGCCCUCCAUCCUAUAGAACAUACUCAUCCUCUCCCUCCAUCCUUAUAAGACAGAUCAUCCCCUCUCCUCCAUCCUAUAAAGAGUACAGACUCCACCCUUCUCUCUCUCCCUCCUAUAAAGAGACAGACUAUCCCUUCCCUCAUCCUAAAAGAGACAGACUCAUCCCUUCCUUCCCUCCGUCCUAUAGAGACAGACUCAUCCCCUCCCCCCCUCCCUCCACCUAUAAAGAGACAGACUCAUCCCUCUCUCCCUCCAUCCUAUAGAGACAUACUCAUCCCUCUCCCUCCAUCCUAUAGAGACAGACUCAUCCCUCUCUCCCUCCAUCCUAUAAAGAGACAGACUCAUCCCUCUCUCCCGCCAUCCUAUAGAGACAGACUCAUCCCUCUCCCUCCAUCCUAUAAAGGACAGACUCAUCCCUCUUCCUUCAUCUAUAAAGAGACAGACUCAUCCCUCUCUCCCUCCGUCCUAUAGAGACAGACUCAUCCCUCUCUCCCUCCAUCCUAUAAAGAGACAGACUCAUCCCUCUCUCCCUCCCCCUAUAAAGGACGACUUUCCCAUCCCUCUUCCCCCCAUCCUAAAAGAGACGAUCAUCCCUCUCCCCCCUCCAUCAUAUAGAGACAGACUCAUCCCUCUCUCCCUCCAUCCUAUAAAGAGACAGACUUCUCCCUCUCUCCCUCCUCCUAUAAGGACAGACUCAAACCCUCUCUCCCUCAUCCCAUAAAGAGACCGGGCUCAUCCCUCUCUCCCUCCAUCCUUAAGAGACGACUCUCCCAUCCCUCUCCCUCCCCCCCAUCCUAUAAAGAGACAGACUCAUCCCUCUCUCCCUCCAUCAUAUAGAGACAGACUCAUCCCCUUCCCUCCAUCCCAUAAGAGACAGACUCAUCCCUCUCUCCCUCCAUCCUAUAAAGAGACAGAUAUCCCUCUCUCCCUUCAUCCUAUAAAGAAACAGACUCAUCCCUCUCUCCUCCAUCCUAUAAAGAGACAGACUAUCCCUCUCUCCCUAAUCCUAUAAAGAGACAGACUCAUCCCUCUCUCCCUCAUCCUAUAAAGAGACAGGGCUCAUCCCUCUCCCCCCCUCCAUCUAUAAAGAGACAAAACUCAUCCCUCUCUCCCUCCAUCCUAUAAAGAGACAGACUCAUCCCCCUCUCCCUUCAUCCUAAAAAGAGACAGACUCAUCCCGCUCCCGUUCAUCCUAUAAGAGACACUCAUCUUCUCUCCCUUCAUCCUAUAAAGAGACAGACUCAUCCCUCUCUCCCUACAUCCAUAAAGAGACAGACUCAUCCCUCUCCCUUCCAUAUAAGAGACAGACUAUCCCUCUCUCCCCCAUCCUAUAAAGAGAGACUCAUCCCUCUCUCCCUUCAUCCUUAAAGAGACAGACUCCAUCCCUCUCCCUCAUCCUAAAAAAGAGACAGACUCAUCCCUCUCUCCCUCCAUCCCAUAAAGAGACGACUCAUCCCCUCUCCCUUCAUCUAUAAAGAGACAGACUCAUCCCUCUCCCCUUUAUCCUAUAAAGAGACAGAAUCAUCCCUCUCCCCCCAUCCUAUAAAAAGACAGAUUCAUCCCUCUCUCCCUUCAUCCUAUAAGAGCAGACCCCAUCCCUCUCUCCCUUCAUCCUAUAAAGAGACAACUCAUCCCUCUCUCCCUUCAUCUAUAAGAGACGAUCAUCCUCUCUCCCCAUCCUAUAAAGAGACAGACUCAUCCCUCUCUCCUCAUCAAUAAAGAGACAGACUCAUCCCCUCUCUCCCUUUAUCUUAUAAAGAGACGACUCAUCCUCUCUCCCUUCAUUCUAUAAAGAGACAGACUCAUCCCUCUCUCCCUUCAUCUAUAAAGAGACAGACUCAUCCCCCUCUCCCUUUAUCCUAUAAAGAGACAGACUCAUCCCUCUCCCUUCAUCCUAUAAAGAGACAGACUCAUCCCUCUCCCCCCUCCCUAUAAAGAGACGACUCAUCUCUCUCUCCCUUCAUCCUAAAGAGACGAUCAUCCCUCUCUCCCUUCAUCCUAUAAAGAGACAGACUCAUCCCUCUCUCCCUCCAUCCUAUAAAGAGACAGACUCAUCCCUCUCUCCCUCCAUCCUAUAAAGAGACAGACUCAUCCCUCUCUCCCUCCAUCCUAUAAAGAGACAGACUCAUCCCUCUCUCCCUUCAUCCUAUAAAGAGACAGACUCAUCCCUCUCCCUUCAUCCUAUAAAGAGACAGACUCAUCCCUCUCUCCCUCCAUCCUAUAAAGAGACAGACUCAUCCCUCUCUCCCUCCAUCCUAUAAAGAGACAGACUCAUCCCUCUCUCCCUUAAUCCUAUAAAGAGACAGACUCAUCCCUCUCUCCCUCCAUCCUAUAAAGAGACAGACUCAUCCCUCUCUCCCUUCAUCCUAUAAAGAGACAGACUCAUCCUUCUCUCCCUCCACCCAUAAGAUAAAUACUAUGAGUUGUUAUAUAAUCACAUCUUCUCCUAGAACCGCCUGCCUCCAACAUGGCUGCGCCGUGCAUCGCGUCUCAUGACCUCCAUGAUGUGUGCAUUUGCACAGGCCUGCAAGCACAUGUCUGUGCACAUGUUUGUGGGUGUGUGUGAGAGCGAGCAAGCAAGCGCAGCUUUGUGCUGCCAGAGACAUCUCGUCUGGGAGAAUAGCAGAGAUACUGUGUGCUGUAAAUAGAUUGUUAUUUCUGUAUAAAUGUGUUGUUAUUGAUGUUGAUUGCCCUUUAUUAGAAAGUACCUCUAGAUAUAAUGCAUGUUUAAUGUUAUUGAGUGUCACAAAUGUUGACUGUCACUGGAAGGCAACUCACCCCUUUCUCCCUUAUUCUCUCUCUCUCUCUCUCUCUCUCUCUCUCUCUCUCUCUCUCUCUCUCUCUCUCUCUCUCUCUCUCUCUCUCUCUCUCUCUCUCUCUCUCUCUCUCCCUCCCUCUCCCAGUGCUGCAGACAGGUAAGACAUUUAUGGCACAAUCUUUUCUCUGCUGUCUUAGGUAGACCGGGUUGAGUGUAAACAUUUUCAGUGUUUCUGUUUCUCUGUCUGCAUGAUGACAGGAUUUACAGAUGUCUUUGUAUAUCCCUUCACUAACACUUGUAAUGACAGGAGAUGAAAAGGGAAGAAAGGAUGGAGGUAGGGGAGGGGAGAGGAGAGGAGGGGAGGGGAGGGGAGGGGAGGAGAAAAAGUUGGGGUGGAGAUGAGAGGGAAUGGGAGGAGAAAGGAGGGGAAGGGAGAAGAGAGGAGGAUGGUGUCAGAAAGGUUAUUUAAGCCAUAGGGAAAUGAUGAGAGGAAGGUUAUGUAGAGCAGAACUAAUCAGUCAGGAGACAUCAGGGGAAUGUUUCACACCCAGAGUCAGUUAUGAUCUGUGAUUCACUCUGCUUCUGCAAUAGGAGUGCCCUGGGUGGUCCCAUGGUUUCCAUAGUGAAAUUGACUACAAAGAUGGCGCUCGAUUCCUUGUGAAACUACAGUACAAAUUGAUAUAAGCAUUUCCUAUCCCUUUGUCCAACACUACAAAGUAUGUUCAUUUGAGUGACUGAUCAUUUCAGAAAUGUGUGAAGACUGUGUUGACUUGACAAUAGAACAUUAUGAAAUGGAAUUUCUUGUGCCAGGGAAGGUUUCACGAAGUCAAUGGAAUUGCAUGUAGGGAAUAGUUGAAAACAUGAUUUACUAGCAAAGCAACUGAUUUUUUUUUUUUUUUUUUUAAGUGAACAAUGGUUGUUUGAGAAGUUUGAGUGGCCAGGACCAAAGCUUGCAUACACACAAUACUGUGCAAUGAGUGGAAAUGCAAAAUGCAGGUUUCCUUAUAAUGUUACUAUGGAGGGUUUCACUUUAUUCAGAGACGACAGAUGUUUUGUCUGAUGCAACAUGGUGAAAUGUGUUAGAAUAGAAAUCAUGUAGAUUCCAGUAAUGAGGUUGACCCCGAUGGCAGGGGGUUCACUCUAAUGUGAAGUAUGCCACCAAUUGUGUUUGCUACAGAUAACGUUCAGUAGGCCUACAGUGAAUGAGUACAUGCAUGUGAUUGCACAUAUGGUAUACAUACAGUACAGAAUGGUCAAGCCCUGUUUACCGGAAGUGCCUGAAGAAGGGGGAGAUUAUUGUGCCCGUUCUUAUUAUACCUCGGUGAGUGUACCACGUUGAUGGAGCCGAAGACCAAUUAGUGUCACCGCAGCAACAUUUAGACUUCCGUUUUUUCCGAGUUUGCCUUCAAAAUAAAAGUGGCAACGUGUAUGAUGCGAAAUUAAUACUUUUUCCAGCUUUGCAUAAUGUUAAAUUAUAACUAACUAUAUCGGGGAAAAAUCUAAACUAAAGAGAAUUACUAUAUAUAAGAUAAAUAGUAUAAGGUAUGAAAAAUGAAUGUACUCACUAACUGUAAGUCGCUCUGGAUAAGAGCGUCUGCUAAAUGACUAAAAUGUAAAUGUAAUGAUUCAGCAGCACUACCUAACCCAGACAGGAAUGGAUACAGAUAGGAUCUAGAAUAGUACAGUGGGGGAAAAAAGUAUUUAGUCAGCCACCAAUUGUGCAAGUUCCCCCACUUAAAAAGAUGAGAGAGGCCUGUAAUUUUCAUCAUAGGUACACGUCAACUAUGACAGACAAAAUGAGAAAAAAAAUCCAGAAAAUCACAUUGUAGGAUUUUUUAUAAAUGUAUUUGCAAAUUAUGGUGGAAAAUAAGUAUUUGGUCAAUAACAAAAGUUUCUCAAUACUUUGUUAUAUACCCUUUGUUGGCAAUGACACAGGUCAAACGUUUUCUGUAAGUCUUCACAAGGUUUUCACACACUGUUGCUGGUAUUUUGGCCCAUUCCUCCAUGCAGAUCUCCUCUAGAGCAGUGAUGUUUUGGGGCUGUCGCUGGGCAACACGGACUUUCAACUCCCUCCAAAGAUUUUCUAUGGGGUUGAGAUCUGGAGACUGGCUAGGCCACUCCAGGACCUUGAAAUGCUUCUUACGAAGCCACUCCUUCGUUGCCCGGGCGGUGUGUUUGGGAUCAUUGUCAUGCUGAAAGACCCAGCCACAUUUCAUCUUCAAUGCCCUUGCUGAUGGAAGGAGGUUUUCACUCAAAAUCUCACGAUACAUGGCCCCAUUCAUUCUUUCCUUUACACGGAUCAGUCGUCCUGGUCCCUUUGCAGAAAAACAGCCCCAAAGCAUGAUGUUUCCACCCCCAUACUUCACAGUAGGUAUGGUGUUCUUUGGAUGCAACUCAGCAUUCUUUGUCCUCCAAACACGACGAGUUGAGUUUUUACCAAAAAGUUCUAUUUUGGUUUCAUCUGACCAUAUGACAUUCUCCCAAUCCUCUUCUGGAUCAUCCAAAUGCACUCUAGCAAACUUCAGACGGGCCUGGACAUGUACUGGCUUAAGCAGGGGGACACGUCUGGCACUGCAGGAUUUGAGUCCCUGGCGGCGUAGUGUGUUACUGAUGGUAGGCUUUGUUACUUUGGUCCCAGCUCUCUGCAGGUCAUUCACUAGGUCCCCCUGUGUGGUUCUGGGAUUUUUGCUCACUGUUCUUGUGAUCAUUUUGACCCCACGGGGUGAGAUCUUGCGUGGAGUCCCAGAUCGAGGGAGAUUAUCAGUGGUCUUGUAUGUCUUCCAUUUCCUAAUAAUUGCUCCCACAGUUUAUUAUUAUUAUUAUUAUUAUUUCUUCAAACCAGGCUGCUUACCUAUUGAAGAUUCAGUCUUCCCAGCCUGGUGCAGGUCUACAAUUUUGUUUCUGGUGUCCUUUGACAGCUCUUUGGUCUUGGCCAUAGUGGAGUUUGGAGUGUGACUGUUUGAGGUUGUGGACAGGUGUCUUUUAUACUGAUAACAAGUUCAAACAGGUGCCAUUAAUACAGGUAACGAGUGGAGGACAGAGGAGCCUCUUAAAGAAGAAGUUACAGGUCUGUGAGAGCCAGAAAUCUUGCUUGUUUGUAGGUGACCAAAUACUUAUUUUCCACCAUAAUUUGCAAAUAAAUUCAUUAAAAAUCCUACAAUGUGAUUUUCUGGAAAAAAAAAUCUCAUUUUGUCUGUCAUAGUUGACGUGUACCUAUGAUGAAAAUUACAGGCCUCUCUCAUCUUUUUCAGUGGGAGAACUUGCACAAUUGGUGGCUGACUAAAUACUUUUUUCCCCACUGUAUAUAUCUAGACAUGUAUCUAUAGUACAGGCUUUGUUUAGGGAGAGACAUCAAAGCUACAUCUGUUGUGAUUGAGGUUGUUGUUCCAUGUGGUUGUAUUGGAUGAGACCCAGCAGGGUAAUGCCAUCCACAGACAGGUUAAUCCACUAUAAUCUGACUCCUCCCUCUGCUGCUGCUGGUCGUCACGUCUGAUGGAUUUCAACAUGUGGAUUAGUGUUGUCAGGGCUUCCCAGUGUAGUGAGUGAAAAUGAGCUAACUACUGUCAGUGUGUUUUAGUGAAGCUUGUCUCACUUCCUUGAGUAUCACUACAAACUAUUGUGUGAAGUUUUUUACACAUUAAAUUGAGGUGUGAAACUCUAUUAUAAAAAUAUAUUAUUCAUGGUAAAUCAAAAGUUAAAAACAUUGCGUGACGUUCCAUUCAGAGACCUUCAUCAGACACUGUACCGAUAGAGACAUGUACACACACACACACACACACACACACACACACACACACACACCCCAAGUAUCCCCCUGGCAAUUUCAGACUAUAGGCAUACACUCUUCUAACGGCCAUAGUCCGUUAUGAGCACCAAACAAAAAACUUUAUUGGGACUGUCACUGAACGAGAACUGGGGUUGAGUCCCUGUCAGUCUGCCCUCCGAAUUUGCUACAACGUUCUGCUGUGUAGCCUAGGCGAAAACAUCUGUGUAUAUUGGAAACUAUUAACGAUCUUAUCCACACACACACACAGUACUGCACUGUUCUUGCCAGUCCCAGUGUUGCUGGGUGAGUUCUGUAUUAAGCGGUUCUCUGCCUCUGUUCCUCCUCAGGGAAACUCUGUCCAACCAGGAGACAGGGGAGGAGAGAAACUUCCAGAAGACAGAUGAGGACAAAGAGCUGGAGACUCUGAGGAAUGAGGUAUAGUGUAUAUACACAACUCUGGCAGACUCUGGGUCUUUUGCUGAAGAAAUUAAGAACUUGCAUUGAGUGCUAUGCUUUUUCUCUGGACUGGCAUAAAAUAGCUGUAUCUGUAUAUUAACUGAAACUUCUCUGUCUCCCUCUCCCUAUAGAUCGCGGUGCUACGAGGUGAGAACGCCAUGGCCAAGACGCUGCAGACUGCCGUGGAGAUGCUGGAGAGAGACAAGGCACAGCUACAGGAACGCGUCACCAGCCUGGAGCAGAGGCUCAUGGGACGGCAGGUCUCCGAGGGAGGGGACAGUGGAGUGCCUUCCUCAGGUGACACAGCUCUGGACCAGUUGAGAGAAGAGAAGGAGUUUGCAGAAGGACAGGUAUGAUUGGCAAUUAGUAAUACAACUUCAUCAUCUGCUUGUCACUAAUGCAGUAUAUCAUUUGCAUAGAAAGAUAUCCGCGCUUCCACCAUUGUCUCUCAGUCAACCUUUCUCUUUCUUAUAUAAACUUGACUGCGGUCUCUCUCUCUUCUCUCUCUCCAUCUAUUUCCCUCCUUCAGAUUAACUUCCUGAACAGUGUGAUCGUGGACCUGCAGAGGAAGAAUGAGGAGUUGAAGGUCAAGCUGAAGAAGAUGGCUCUGGCGGAGUUCAACGGCAAUGACGGCACUGAUGGGUCAGUCUUAUGACCUAUAACCGCUGAACCCUAACUCCAAACUUAGUCCUUAGUUACAGUUGUUGACAGACCCCUGUAAAUUCAUUAUUGAUCAUCAUCUCCCUAAUCACUCCUUUCCUCUCUCUCGCUCGCUCUCCCUCCUUCUCCCUUUCUCUCUGUCUCUAGUUUGGAGGAGGGUGGAUCUAAGAAAGACAAGAAGGCUCCUCCUCGUCUGUUCUGUGAUAUCUGUGACUGUUUUGACCUCCAUGACACAGAGGACUGUCCGACCCAGGCCCAGAGCCCUGACUCUGUCCCCCACUCUUCCUUCAAGGGCAAACCCGCCGACCAGCGGCCGUACUGCGACAUCUGUGAGGCCUUCGGUCACUCCACAGAGUCCUGCCAGGAAGACCAGACCUUCUAG